AUGAACACUGUACGCUUGAAUACUGUUCGACGUCUUCAUCAAUGUCAAGCUCGAUUUUAUUCUGCUCCAGUCAACUCAAAUUCAGCUGGUGGUGAUCCUCGUCUUGAAGUGAUUCGUCGUCUUUUGUUUGAACCCACUCGCAGAGAAAGUAUGAUCAAGUUAGAAGGCGAAAUCUUAGAACAACACGAAACCAUUGAACGUGCUUGGAAACUUCACCGUAUGCGUAUGAGAGAAGAAAGAGAGCGUUCACUUGAACGUCAAUUUAGAGCCAUGAAUGCUGCCAUGAAUGAAUUAGAAAAGACCAGUGAUCGAUUAUAUAAAGGUGCUCUUGUCAAGAGUCGACACAUCACAUAUCCCAAACAAGCCAAAAUCCCCACAGAAACACCAUCAGCACAAAUUUGGGAUUAUGGAUACAAAGCUCCUACUGCUUAG